UCUGGAGCGAAGACUCAGUGAAACAUCUGCUUGACUGAAUAACUGCGUUCCGUUUUCAAGCUUUGGUCACGUUCAAUAUUUCAGCGUCAGAGACGUGAGGUUGCGUGUUCAACUCCAGCCCUCGCAGAAAGGCCAGCCCAUACACAGCAGCUCCAACCGCUGCAUGGUGGCUGAAAGCAUCUGAAGCGCCUGUUCCGGAGUGCGUAAAGCGAAGCGACAGCUGGAUGAGCGUCCUGUGGAGAACAUCACCGGAAUGAGGCGCAGCAGCGCGCGUCGCCAGCUGCGCCCUGAUGGGAAAGACCGAUUUAAAGAACAUCAGCCGCAGUUCCAGCAGGAAGACGAAUCAGAUGGAGAUGAAUGAGAGGAACAGUUCGUCUGAAGAGUUCAGGUCUCUCCCGCUAAGACCACCGGGCUUUUCUUCAGCUUCCGCAGCGAGGCGGUUCGUCCGGCUGGGACGGAAGAGCAGCGAUGGUUCUUCUCAGUCAGCCUCUUCUUCUGGCACCUCAUCCACCUCCAGGUCAGCUGAGGACGCUAGCGUCAGACCGCCCGGCAAAAGUUGCAUCCGUCACCACGUCAACCGCCUCUCGGGACUCUUCAUUCACAGCUCGGUCCCGGGAUCAGGCUCCAUGGCGCUGACGACGGGUCUCCGGUCAUCUCGCUCUAUUCAAGCCAGGAAAGGAAGCAUGGUCUCUACACCAGCCCCGCCACCAAACGACCCAUCGGAGUUGUCCAACCAGAUCACUGCCCCGGGAAUCUUGAAGAUCUUUGGGAAUGACAUCUGUGAAGGGGCUCACUACAAAAGCGUCCUGGCCACCACACACUCCAGCGCCAAGGAGCUCGUCAAAGAGGCCCUGGAACGGUAUGGCCUGAGCAAGGAAGAGGUCCAGUCGUAUGUUCUGUGUGACAGCGUUGGUUCUAUUGAUGACCAUCAGUGGCGAACAGAAGGAAUCAGAGUAGUGGGUGACCACGAGAAACCUCUCCUGCUGCAGUCGUUAUGGAAACCUAGAGAGGGCUUGGUGAGACGCUUCGAGAUCCAGCCAAGAAGAUCGAUAGAGGAGAAGGUAUCCAAGGAGAAGGACACCAUCACUGCAGGCAUCAAUGCCCAGGCCCGUAAACUGCAGAAAAGCCGAUCCAGAGUGACCUCCACGCUUCUAGAGAGGACGGUCGGUCGGAGCCAUAGGCUGUGGCGGAGCAAAAGUGAGAUGGAUCUUUUGGAUGAUGAACCUGAAAAUGAUUCACGUGCCAGGGAUCACUGUGAGAACCCCAGUUCUGCUCCAGCGCAGAGCUGUGAGCAUCUUAAAGUGGGUCCAGAACAGAACCACAUUCAUGGCACGGCGACUCACUCAGAGGGGGAUGGUGGGUCAGAGGCCACAACAGAGGACCUCUGUGUGUCGAGGACGAGGGGCGAGCGGGAGGAAGAGGAGUCUGAAAGAGAGGAGACAGAGAGCAGCGACGAUAACACCACACAGUACUCCAUUCACCCUCCUAAUGACUGUCCCUACCUGCUGCUGCUUCAGGGCUGCAGUCUCGCACAGGACUUCAUCAUCUACCUGCUCGCUGCUCCGCUUGUCGUUACUGGCCAGCACAGAGCUCACGAAGACAAGCCCAAGGUGGACAUCCCGCUCUAUGCUGGAGACAUCUGUCCCACACACUGCAGCUUCCACCGGCCCACUGUUGGCGGUCCCGUGGUGCUCUGUCCUCAACGUGACGCUGGAGUCACGAGGAACGGUGAAGUUCUGAGGAACCCUGUUCAGCUGAGGCCUGGUGAUGUCAUCGGGCUGGGAAGGCACUACCUGUUCCUUUUCAGAGAUCCCUCAAGUUUGAUGCACACGGAUCUAAACAGCUCUGGUUCUGAUCUCAGCGGAUCUGUUGCUCCUUGGUUUUUGCGUCUCAGCACAACAAAAACAACCGUUUGUGACAGCUGCAGCUCAAACUGGACCGCCGUCCAGAGUCCGCACCACAAGCAGCUUCUGAACAGAGGUCCCCCCUCUCUAAAAUGCCCAGCAGGCCACAGUUUGACUCUGGAGUAUCAAGCUGGGGAUGAGGACUGCAUCAUCAGGGAGAUUGUUGCUAUGGGAGGAGGCAGCAGCAUCCCUGAUAGGCCCCCACUCACUGUCUCCUUUUUGCUGAGUGUGUGUGUUCAGUUUUCAUCGACACACCUCCGUAUGUCGGCCCUCCGGAGGAUUCUGCUGCUUAUUGCCAGUGGAGUUCAGAGUGCUGUUUGGAAGUGUUCUACGCAUCUAGCGGUUGAGUCUGAAAGACACGCCACUGAAGGGCCAAGCCCCGAAGACCUCCGAAGUGGUGGUCUGUGUGAGGUUGUCUCAGGACUAUGUCCCUUGGUGGUCUGGAUGGCCAACAGCCUGGAGCUGCUGCAGUUCAUUCGGCACCAACUGCCUUCGAUUCUGAAGUGGAGAGUCCAAACGGAGCAGGGGAGGGAGGAGGAGAAGAAGGGUGAAGCUGACAAAAACAAGGAAGAGGAGGAUUUAGAGCUGUUGGAGCUUGGCCUCUCCCGUGUCCGCUCAGCCAGCGAGGAAACAAUGGCUGUUCUGGAGGAAGUCAUCAUGCUCGUCUUCCAGCAGUGCGUCUACUACAUAACCAAGCUACUUUACCCCAUUCUGCCAGGACUUCUGGACUGCAACCCAUUCAGAGGGAGUCCUGGCUCGCAGGUGUCGGGUAACUGUGGCCGGGUCCUCUGCGAUGCUGGUCUACGGGUCCCUGGAGAGGUCCGUCAGGUGGUGGAGGUUCUAAACGAGAGCUGGAGGCUACUCACAGACUGUCAGGUCCACCCCGAGGUCUCCUCACAGCUCAUUGGCUAUCUCUUCUACUUCAUUAACGCAUCACUCUUCAACUCACUCAUGGAGAGAGGCUCACAACCUGGGUUCUACCAGUGGUCCAGAGGUGUGCACAUGCGGGCCAACCUGGACCUGGUCUUGGACUGGGCCCAUGCAGCUGGAUUGGGAGAACUGGCCUCGGAGCAGAUACACACACUCUCAUCAGCUAUCAAUCUGCUAGCUACACCUAGAAAGAACCUGCUGCAAACACCUUGGGUGUCACUGCGCUCCGACUACCCCGCCCUGACUCCAACCCAGCUGAACCACCUGCUGAGUCUGUACAGCCCGGCUCCACCCUACGGACACACGUGGACACCAUCCACAGCAGACAGUGCAGCGGUGCAAACCACUGCUGAUAUUCUGGAGAGCUUUGACACUCAUCACCCUCUGGUGCUGCCGGAUGAAGGUUACCGGCUCCAGCUGGGAAGAGCUGUGACUGAUUCAGCUCUGAGGGACCAGCUGCACAUGCUCAGACACUUCAUUACCACCUUCUCCGAUGCUCAGAUGAAACCGUCUCAGACUCACACCUUUGAAAACACACUCCUGGACGUCCUCCGUCCAUCAGCAGAUGCUGCUCUACCUCCAUCACCCCCCUCUCACCAUCGGGAUGACCUCAGCUGUGAUGCUGGACACAUUCUGAGCCAGAAGCUUAAACAUCUGGAUCUUGAGGACACAGAGGCCAGUGAGUUCAGGAGAGCAGCGUUGGAGCCCGCAUGCCUCCCCAGCGUGCCCAGCGCUCCCCACCUGUUUGAACUGCAGAGAGGCGGCUGCAAGACAGCUCCUGUGUCGCGGGCUGCGGACAGUAAAGGAAAGUUAGUUUUAGAGUGCCUGGCUGCACAGAAAGCAGGUCACGUAAAAGCAGACUACGGCUCUACAACACUUGUGGAGCUUACAGAAGAAGAGGAGGAAGAGGAGGGAGAUGACCAUGAUGAAGUGUUCAGCUUGGCGUUGGAACGGGGAGAAGGAGGACUUGGCCUAGCUCUGGUGGACACCAGGGACACAUCGCUGAAGCAGAAGGGUGUCUUCAUCCGUGCCAUGGCCCCAGACUCUCCUGCAGCCCGCUGUAAGAGGCUGAAGCCAGGAGACAGGAUCCUUGCUGUUAACGGAGUUAGUCUGCUUGGCCUGGACUUUGAGAGUGGGAAGAACCUGAUCCAGUCGUCAGGCUCCAGACUGCGGUUACUGGUGGCGAGAUCAGCCUGCACGGCAGCGCCUCUACGGACCGGGUCCUGACAAUGCACCUAUGGAAGGACUACUGAUGCACUCUCAGCACUAAGUGUUACGAGCUUUGAUGAACAUUCAGAUGUACUAUAAAAUGAGCUAAUUGAUGAUCUAAGUAUACUUGCAACUUUUUGUGUCUCCUUGUAGCAGCAGGAAGGUCAUUUCUUUAUAUAGAUAGAUAACAAAGCUUUAGAAAAGUUGGGAACGAUUGGGUGUCCGGCUCUGUACAACGUCCACGUUGCUUAAAAUCAGCAACAGAGAUCCACAAGACAAGACAAGAGAACAUCUAUGUGAUGAUUUGGAAGACGUGUCUUCUGAUUCUCCCUUUUAAUCCCAAAAUUAAACCUUUUUUUCUUGAAAUAUUAUUUUGCUUUCUUUUUUUUUAUCUCAACAUUUUGAAUUAAUACUGAAAAUAAAACUCAAAAUUUCAACUUUU